AUGCAAUAUCAACAUUACACUAAUGAGCUGAGUGCUAGAGAAAGAGAUCUCUACUUCAGAGAGUUAGUAGGGGUAACAGUGCAAGGCAGGAUGGGCUUGGGAUCCAAGAGGAGUGUAGCCAGUGAAAAGGAAAAACUGAAAGAACUGGUAUCCCACAUCUCAGAGCAGGAUAUCCUGUUGACACUGGUAGACAAGGGAGUUCAAGGACAAUUCUUAACAUGGGAAAACACCAUGCAGCUAGACCUAGGUUGGAACAACCUUAUUUACAACUACAAGAUGAGCCCUGCUCUUCUUAAGUUCCACCUCAAUGCAACCCAUGACGUUGCAAAUACUCCAGCAAACAUGAGCCUGUGGAACUAUGCUGACACAGGACACUGUCCACUUUGCGGAUGGAGACACUGCAACAUUAAGCACAUUUUGGUAGCUUGCAACUUCUCGCUGAACAACAAACGAUACAAUUGGAGGCAUGACAACGUGCUGCGGGUCAUUGCGAAAUCCCUACUGGAUCAAAUCGAGAAGUUCAACAACAAAGAUUUUAAACUUGAAGUUCAGGACUGGACAGGCUUCAAGUCAUCUAGCAGCUGUUACCAAAAACCGAAGACGAAGAUGAAAAGAGAGAGUCCUUUUGAGAAAGACCAAGAUUGGCAGAUUAUCUGGGACGAAGAUGACCUCCCAGCACAGUUCCCCCAGCACAUCUACGGAACUGCAGAACGUCCCGAUAUUGUAGUCUGGUCUGAUAAAGGAAAGGUGGUCAUAUUAGUAGAGUUGACAGUUGGUGACGAGAGUAACUUUAGUGACCAAGUAGAACGUAAACAAGCACGUUACAACAGAGAGCUUAUUCCUGGGCUGCAUGGCAGUGGGUGGAAAGCUCAGCUUUUUACGGUAGAGGUUGGGUGUAGAGGCUUCUGGCAUCAUACCUUACCAGCCCUACUAAACUACUUUGGUGUUACAAAGAGAGUAAAGAAAGCAGUGUUCCAAGAGGCGGCUUUGGUUGCUCUCAGAUGUUCCUAUGCAAUCUGGUUAGCAAGAGAAAACAAGAAGUGGAGUCCCUGCUACAACAUCGCACAAAGACCCACUGUUCUACCAUCAACUGAGUGA